GACCCCCCGCACAGCGAGGCGGGCGCGCGCCUCUUCGCCGCCGCCUACAACGGCACGGGCGAGGGCGUCUUCUUCCGCAGCGUCUCGGCCAGCUGGGCCUACAACACCAACCUCACCCGCUUCAACGCCCAGCAGCAGGUAGCAGCCUCUUUGAAGGAACAGGAGUUCAUACAAGCUUGGGGCCAGAGAGCCAAGGACAGCUUCGGUGCUAUCUGGCAGAACUUCAGUGAUCCUCAGCUGAAGAAAAUCAUCCGCUCCAUCCAAACGCUGGGGCCUUCCAAUUUACCCGUGGAUAAGCGACAACUGUAUAACACCAUCUUGAGUGAGAUGGACAACAUCUACUCUACUGCAAAGGUGUGCCCACCAAACCAGAACUCCAGCUGUUGGGCCCUAGAUCCAGAGAUAACAGACAUCAUGGCCACCUCUCGCAGUUACAGAAAGCUUCUGUAUGCCUGGGAAAGUUGGCACAACGCAGCUGGCAGUCCUCUCAGGGCCAAGUAUGAGGAGUUCGUGUCACUCAGCAAUGAGGCCUACAGAAUGGAUGGAUUCAAAGACACUGGGGCUUACUGGCGCUCCUGGUAUGAUUCAUCCACUUUUGAGGAUGAUCUGGAGAAACUUUAUCAUCAGCUGGAGGAACUCUACCUAAAUCUCCAUGCUUUUGUCAGGAGGAAAUUGUAUGAGCGAUACGGCCCGAAAUACAUUAAUCUGCAAGGCCCCAUUCCUGCUCACUUACUGGGCAACAUGUGGGCCCAGCAGUGGAACAACAUUUACGAUAUGAUGAUUCCUUUCCCAAACAAGCCCAAUCUCGACGUCACCGACACAAUGAAACAGAAAAACUGGAAUGCAACACACAUGUUCCGGGUGGCAGAGGAGUUCUUCACAUCGCUUGGCCUGCUGGGAAUGCCACCCGAAUUCUGGGAGAGCUCGAUGCUGGAGAAGCCAGCGGACGGGCGGGAAGUGGUGUGUCAUGCAUCAGCCUGGGAUUUCUACAACCGCAAAGACUUCAGGAUCAAGCAGUGCACCACGGUCACCAUGGAGCAGCUCUUUACAGUCCACCAUGAGAUGGGGCACGUGGAGUACUAUCUGCAGUACAAGGACCAGCCGCUCACUUUCCGCAGCGGUGCCAACCCUGGCUUCCAUGAAGCCAUUGGAGAUGUCAUGAGCUUGUCCGUCUCUACCCCCAGCCACCUGCAGAAAAUCGGGCUGCUCAGCCAAGUCACGGAGGAUGCAGACAGCGAUAUCAACUACCUCCUGAAAAUGGCCCUGGAGAAGAUCGCCUUCCUUCCCUUUGGCUACCUGAUAGAUCAGUGGCGAUGGAACGUCUUCAGUGGGCGCACCCCCCCCAGCCGUUACAACUCUGACUGGUGGUAUCUCCGGACAAAAUACCAGGGAAUUUGUCCUCCUAUUGCAAGGAAUGAGACACAUUUUGACCCUGGUGCCAAAUACCACAUCCCAGGCAACACUCCUUACAUCAGGUACUUUGUCAGUUUCAUCCUGCAGUUCCAGUUCCAUAAGGCCCUGUGCCAAGCUGCAAACCACACUGGCCCUCUCCACACCUGUGACAUCUACCAGUCCAAAGAAGCUGGAAGGAAACUCAGCGAGGCAUUGAGGGCUGGAUCUUCCCAGCAGUGGCAGGAUAUUCUCCAGCAACUCACCGGUACAAAUCAGAUGGACGCAACAGCACUGCUAGAAUACUUCAGCCCUGUGACUCAGUGGCUGAAGCAACAGAACAGUCGAAUGAAUGAAACACUGGGCUGGCCAGACUUUGAAUGGCGUCCUCCCAUCCCAGAGGGAUACCCAGAAGGCAUUGAUAAAAUAGCUGAUGAAGCAGUGGCCCGAAAGUUCUUGACGGAGUACAACAGCACAGCGGAAACUGUCUGGAAUGCUUUCACAGAGGCCUCGUGGGCGUACAAUGUCAACAUCACAGACCACAACAAACAGAUCAUGUUAGAAAAGAAUCUGGAAAUGUCAAGCCACACACUCCAGUAUGGCCUGCAGGCUCGGCAGUUUGAUUCGACUGACUUCCAGGACCCCAGCAUCAAGCGCAUUUUAAAGAAACUGAGUGACAUAGAGCGGGCAGCCCUCUCCGAGGUGGAGCUGAAGGAGUAUAAUCAGCUCCUCUCAGACAUGGAGACGACCUACAGUGUAGCCAAAGUCUGCAAAGGAGGAAGCGGUUGCAAGGCGCUGGAUCCUGAACUGACAGACAUCAUGGCCCGAUCAAGAGACUACGAUGAACUCCUUCACGCUUGGAAAAACUGGCGAGAUGUCUCAGGGAGAAAAAUCCGCACCCAAUACAAGAGAUACGUCAGCUUGAGCAAUAAAGCUGCUAGACUGAAUGGGCAUGCAGAUAAUGGUGCUUUCUGGAGAUCCCUGUAUGAAUCACCCACAUUUGAAGAUGACCUGGAGGUGAUCUGGAAGCAACUUCAGCCGUUAUACCUCAAUUUGCACGCCUACGUGCGCAGGGCGCUCUACGAGAGCUACGGCGCUGAGCACAUCAACCUCAAAGGCCCGAUUCCAGCUCAUUUGCUAGGCAACAUGUGGGCCCAAUCGUGGGCAAAUAUUUUUGGGCUUGUCAUGCCCUUUCCUGAUGCUAUCAAAGUGGAUGCGACACCAGCGAUGAAAAGUCAGGGCUGGACCUCGAAGAAGAUGUUUCAACAGUCGGACAGCUUCUUCCAAUCCCUGGGCCUCAUCCCUAUGCCUCUGGAGUUCUGGAACCGGUCCAUGCUGGAGAAGCCAGUGGACGGCCGGGAAGUGGUGUGCCACGCCUCCGCCUGGGACUUCUACAACCGCAAGGACUUCAGGAUUAAACAGUGCACUGUUGUGAAUAUGGAUGAUUUGAUCACUGUUCACCAUGAAAUGGGCCACGUGCAGUACUUCCUGCAAUACAAAGGACAGCACAUCUCCUUCCGCGAUGGGGCUAAUCCCGGGUUCCAUGAAGCCAUCGGAGACGUCAUGGCCUUGUCGGUGUCCACCCCAAAGCAUCUGUACAGCAUCGGUCUGCUGGAUCUGGUGGAAGACAGCCAGGAGAGUGACAUUAACUACUUGAUGAGCGUUGCACUGGAUAAGAUUGCCUUUCUGCCCUUUGGCUACCUAAUGGAUCAGUGGAGGUGGAAAGUGUUUGAUGGGCGCAUUAAGGCUGAUGAGUACAACCAACAGUGGUGGAACCUCAGAUUGAAGUACCAAGGUUUAUGUCCACCCGUGCCCAGAUCAGAAGAGGAUUUUGAUCCAGGAGCAAAAUUUCAUGUUCCUGCCAAUGUCCCUUAUGUCAGGUACUUCGUCAGUUUCAUCAUCCAGUUCCAGUUCCAUCAAGCUCUGUGCAAAGCUGCUGGCCAUGUGGGGCCCUUGCACAAGUGUGAUAUCUACCAGUCAAAGCAAGCUGGAGAGAUUCUGGGGAAUGCCAUGAAACUGGGCUACAGCAAGCCGUGGCCUGAAGCCAUGCAGCUUAUCACAGGACAACCCAACAUGUCGGCGGAGGCCUUGUUGACCUAUUUUGAACCACUGAAAAACUGGCUAAUCAAUGAGAACUUGAAAAACAGGGAAAACCUGGGCUGGCCUGAAUACACCUGGACUCCCUAUGCAGGCCAAGUGCAAGAGGACCGAGUCCAUUUCCUGGGAAUAUCUUUGGACAGCAGAGAAGCAGCGCUGGGCUUGUGGACCUUGCUGGGCCUCGGGCUGCUCUUCUUUGGCGCCACGCUCUUCUUGGGGGUCAGAUUCCUCUCAGGCAGGAGCCGGCCCUUCAAAUCUACCUCUGAAAUGGAGUUGAAAUGA